GGCCACUGCCUUAAGAUGUACUCGCAUGCAGUACGAUUAAUCUGCUUGGCCAUGUGCCUGCCUUUGCAGCUCUCGCUGGCCACGGACAACAGUUAUUAUAGUGCUGGGGUUGUCGAGUAUGCGGAUGAGACUGGCACGAGCAAGGAGAGGGUGAUAAAGGCAACGGCUGGGUUCGUGGCGCUGCUCGAGUCGAAUGAUACCUCGGAUCUGGACAUUCUCGUCUUUCCCGAACAUGUGCUGAACAAUGGCGACUAUGCGACAUUUGUGCCGGAUCCGGAAAAGCGGAUAACGCCAUGCUUUUCGCCCGACUACGAGCUGUUCCUUGUCGAAAUCUCCUGCGCGACUCGCGCCCGCAACAUCUACGUUGUCAUCAAUGUGGUGGAGAAGGAGCUCUGCGGCAAGGACUACGGCUCGGAUGCGUUGAAUCCGUGCCCCGCCUCAGGCGUGCGUCUAUUCAAUACGAACGUUGUCCUGGAUCGACGCGGACGCGUCAUCUCGCGCUACAGGAAGACCCAUCUGUGGCGACGCGAAUACUACGCGAUGGCGGUGUUGCGUCAGCCCGACCUAUCCACGUUCGAGACGGACUUUGGUGUGACCUUCGGUCAUUUCAUCUGCUUCGAUAUGUUGUUCUAUGAGCCGGCCAUGCGGCUGAUAUUGGAGCAGAACAUCACGGACAUUAUCUAUCCGACAUACUGGUUCUCGGAGCUGCCGUUCUUGAGCGCACUGCAGCUGCAGGAGGGCUGGGCAUUUGCCAACAAUGUGAAUCUCCUGGCCGCCGACGGCAGCAAUCCCGGCCAGCGGACAACUGGCUCCGGCAUCUAUGCGGGUCGCUCUGGUCGCCAAAUCGCCGCCAUCUACCAGCAGCCGACGGUGCAGCUGCUCAAGGCGCGUCUGCCGAAGCGCUCUCUGGGUGGCGUCGCCGAUCCGGAAGUGUUGCCCGCAUUUCAGCCGCAGUCCACCACAGCUCGGCACACCGGGCUGCUCACCUUCAGGGACCGCAAUUUGGACGUCUUUCGCACUGCUCUGCUGCCGGAGGAUUUUGUCAAUGAGUCGCAGCAGCUCUGCCACGGCAGCUUCUGCUGCAACUUCCAGGUGGAGCGUCGUCCCAUCCCAAGCACCGCUGAGUACGCCGCCUAUCGCUACCGCCUGGGCGCCUACCUUGACAAUGAGUCUACCUUCAUACUGGUGGAUCGCAGCGAGCAGGCGGUCUGCGCCGUCUUUGCCUGCCUGGACGAGGAGCUCGCCAGCUGCGGACGCAUCUUUCCCGGCCACAUCGCGGUGGCCAAUCGCUACUACUUCGAGCGCAUUCGCAUCGAGGCUGUGUUUCCGGCUGCUCAGCGUCGCCUGAUCAUGCCCAGCACCCUGGACGGCUCGAUGAGGCCGCUGCCCGUGUCGCAGUUCAACUGGACCGAGUCGCCGUCGGCUCAGCUGCUAUCCGAUACCCAGGUGCAGCUGGAGCUGCUGCAGCCAAAGAACGAUCUGCUCACCUUUGGCAUUUGGGCCAACUACUUUAGCCAAGUGCCCACCACGCACAAUCUGGACCAUCUGCAGCCGAUUGUGCUCAAUGCUCGCAGCUCGUCUGUUGCCAUUGGGUCCACCUCUUGCUUGGGCCUCCUGCUCCUGGCGCUCCUGCUCCUCCAGCUGCGCUGAGCUAGAGCCAAAAGA